UCGGAGACUUCUGCCAGGUGGCAACGCUGUAGCGACAUUGUUUAUAUUGCGGCCCAAAUUUCCUUAAUUUUAUUACAUUUUGCCAUGCAGAUCACAAUCAAAGUGCUGAAGGGCUCGGACUGCACGCUGGAAGUCGCGCCGACAUCCACAAUUUUGGAGGUGAAACAACAGAUUGAAACGGAACUCCAGAUCUCGGCGGCGAAUCAGAAGCUCCUGCUACUCGGGCGACCUUUAAACAACGAGCAGACAAUUGCCUCCUAUCCCAACAUCAAGGAGGGCACCAAACUCAACCUGGUGGUGAUGAAACCCUGCCUGCGCGACAGCAUCCAGCGGGGAUUCCGCAAGCACUAUCCGGAGCAGCAGGCGGAGCGGCUGACCAACGAGUUCAUGACCGAUUUCGAGAAGAAACUGAACGAGCAGAGCUUAGACGACCUGGAGAGAUUCGCUGAUAGCAUAGUCAGCAGAGCGACAACAUAGCCCGCAUGACGCCCCAAUUGAUCCAGCAAACCCCACCCCCUCCGACGGAUGCCCAUCCUUCCCCCGCUAAGCAAAUUAAUUGUUUUUAUUUCCCCAAAGGUAGUAAAAAUUGACUGAAAGAACUAAA